AUGUCUUUCGUGAAAUAUUUAACUAUUGCUUCGAUUUUAAUAGUCAAUCUUUGGGAAAUCGAGGCUCAUGGGAGAGUGAUGGAUCCUGUCAAUCGGAGUAGCGCCUGGCGGAAGAAAUUCCCUGUUCCUCCUAAUUUCGACGAUACCGGAAUCUACUGUGGUGGAUUCGGGGUACGAAAUAUUCAGAAUAAGGGCAGAUGCGGUGUGUGUGGUGACGUUUUUUCCAUGCCUCAACCGCGUGAAAAUGAAAAUGGUGGUAAAUACGGGAAAGGCAUAAUUGUGAAAACAUACCAAGCCGGAUCAACGAUCAAAGUAGACGUUGAGUUGACUGCUAAUCACUUCGGUUUCUACGAGUUUGCACUAUGCCCCUUAAAAGACAAAAAACAAUUGGAAACCGAAGAAUGCUUCGCCAAGUAUAAGCUCAAGCUCGCCAACGGUGAGUACCGACAUAAGGUCACUGCAGGAAAGCUAGGACAUGAGUAUAUCCCGCUCCAACUUCCGGCCGGUCUGACUUGCAAUCAUUGCGUUCUUCGGUGGCAAUACACCGCUGGUAACAACUGGGGCAAUUGUCCGAAUGGUGAAAAUCGUAAAGGAUGUGGUAACCAAGAAACUUUCCGAACUUGUUCCGACAUCGCGAUUCAAUAA